CAAACUGGCCAUGGAGCACACAGAGCUUUCACUUGGCCCACCUCGAUCGAUGUCGCGAAAGGAAUUGGAUCUGAGAAAGCAACAACUGACAUGGAGUAGUGAUCCAGUGAGCCAAAGUAGCAACAUUGAUCUCCAGCUCAAUGAUCCUCUGCCACUGGAUUGGGAGCAGUGCUUGGACUUGCAACCAAUCAAUCUGUGGCAGUCAGGGAAGAUGUAUUACCUGAACAGGAAGACGAUGAAGAAGACCUGGGAGAGGCCCAAGGAGCGAAGCAUGGAGUUGGAUCUCAAUGUUUUGGCAUUUCCGGGCUCGGAAGGGAAGGCCAAUUGCGCAGCUCCGGAGAUGAAGCAGUGCAGUUCAAGCGGUAACAUGGUGGCAUUAGUUUGUGUGAAUUGCCAUCUUCUUGUCAUGCUGUGCAAGUCGUCACCAUUGUGUCCAAAUUGCAAGUACCUGCACAUGCUGCCACCACAAGAUGCACCUACUUACCACAACCUGGAUCAGACUUCCAAGUCCUUGGAAACCCUCAGCCUCCUCCAUUGAUUGAGUUUAGACACUGUAAAACUAUGUAACAUGUUGCGAGCAUGAAUCCAAAACUAUGCAUGUAGGUAGUAAGUAGUUAAGAAGAUGAAUGUAGUAGUCCAAAUUGCAACAAUUCA